CUGACAGCUAUAGUUUUGGUCUCAGUAUGGAAACUCAUUCACUUACCUUCAUGCUUCUCACACAGUCAACAUUCUGUUUGCUACGUGUACAAAGCAGUCCUGCCUGUUCGAGUGAUCAGUACCCAAUAGGUAACCGAUGCUGUGCAAGAUGUCCUGCAGGUCAGUAUGCUAAAACAGACUGCACCUCAACCAAUCAGACAGAAUGUGCUGCGUGUGGCCAAGGAAAAUUCACCUCAAAACCAAACGGCCUGUCCAACUGUCUACGAUGCAAAACAUGCGAAACUGAAAUGGGGCUCACAGAAGCAUCAUCAUGUAAUGCAACAGCAGAUACAAGUUGCAAGUGCAAACCGGAAAUGCAGUGCGUUCAUCGUUCUACGGAUGGCAGUUGCCUGGGGUGUGAACCUCUGCCAUUGUGCCCUGUUGGCAUGGGACUGUCAAAAGAUCCUCAUUCUGGAAUAAUCUGUGAAAACUGCCCCAAUGGCACCUUUUCUACUGAAUCAUCCCUUGACCCUUGUCAACCGUGGACAAGAUGUGAAGAUCUUGUAUUAGUCAGGGUGGAGAAUGGUUCUGCCACUUCAGAUGUGAAGUGUGGUCAUCGGUCACGGAUAGUGCUCCUUAUAGGCGUACUAAUGAUUACACCUCUGGCGUUGGCCCUUAUCCCCCUCAUACUCUGCAUUCGGAGAUGGCGGUAUGGAGGGAAGAAAACCAGAAAGUGUACGAUCAUGAAGAACCUGAAGUCAAACAAACCAUUUGAAGAAAUUGAGCUAAACAGAAGUGUUUGAUCUGAAUCCAAGUCUGAGGAUAAUGAUGCAUUAGUCACCACCUACUUUUGCCAUUCACAUGUAUAUGAAGAUGAGAAAACUACCCAUGGUGGAUGUGCAGAUGUCAAAGAAUCACAUAAAUGAAUUUCCGCAAAUUGAUAACUCCCAUGACAAAAUUCUAUAUCAAAGUGGCAUAUUCAGUUUGUUAUUUCUGACCAUUUCUUUAUAUUUAAGGUGCUAAAAAUAUAACCCAAAGAAUAAAUCCACUAUAUUAAAAAUUCAUUUCAAAGGAGAUCCCACCAUAUGCAAAGACAUCUUUUUCAGAGACUACUGGCUCCUAUGUUUGGAUCUCAGCAAAGAGAUUCCUUGGUGUUAGAAGAGUAAAUGAGAAUUCUAUGAAGCCUGCAACAUUCUGCUGUCACAAUUUUGGAAAAGUACGUCUGCACUUUUAUUCUCUCACUCAUAAAAAAAUCUGUUUCUCACUGCCAGGCUUGUGUAGCCCAACACUAAAAGGAAGGGGAAAAAGUGCUUGUUCCUGAACUCAAAAUUCAGUUUUGACUUCUGCAAAUUUGUGUUGCCUAUAACUCCGUAGUCAAAAACUGAGACUCUUGAAACUAAAUAAACCAUUCACACUGAAUGUGUGCUAAACAAGUUUUCCAGUAUAUCACUGAAUGAAUGCAAGUAACUGAUAGACAAUGCCUCGACCUGGGUUUGUUGAAGACAGAGGUGGUGCAUUGCUUGCUCUGGUAUCAUUCAACCCAGGAUUAUUUGACUAAAAUGUUUUACAAAAGUAUUUUUUCUGCACAACAGGCUGUGUGAUUCAGUAAUUCGUGUUAUAUGUGUGUUUUGUUGCUAUAUGCGCGCAGUAAAUCAUUCAGCUGAUCAUAGGUUCUGUAAAAGUCUAGCAAUAGUUCAACCUGUAGAAAACUAUGUAUGACCUUUUAUGUAAGCCAAACACUUGUCUCUUCUGACAUGUCUGGGUAUGCAGUAUUCUUGGCAGCAAACCUUGAUGUGUUCUAUCAAAGCUCAUUGUAUAGCCACUUAGGUGCAUCUGUGUAAAGGUGCAGCCAUUUUAAGUGUUAUGGCAGUGUCCACUGCCAUCUCUGAGAAUCUGCUUUGUUUCAAUGAACUUGUAAUUUGCCAGGAGCACCUGAGGUCUAGCAGAAGGUUUUAUUUAUCAAUUUUCUUUGUGGAAAAUUAGUAUCAUUUUAGAAUUUAAGGUAAAAGAACUGCUGGCACUGUGUUACGCUCACAACAAGCAGGUGUAUAGAUGCUUAAAGUGGUACUUUAAUAUGAUCACUGCUCGUACCUAGUACAGAAUCCUUUAUACCUGUAAGUUAGGGAGACAAAUAUUUGCAUGCAGGACAGCAUGCUACCUUGCAGUGAGAUUCAUGCCAGGGUGAGAUUACAUAACAAUACAAUGUAGACUUCAAGACUCACAGUGAAAGACCUCACAAGCAAAGCUGAUAUUUUCCAUUGUUUUUGGUGCCCUAAGAAGCACAA